UUUGGGCUCUUUACAUUUUGAUUUUAUCUCUUUAUUUCCGUUUGCGUUUUCCUUUUCCAUUUUCCGCCUAAAUCAGAAAACGGCCAGGAAGUUGAAGUUUGAGCAGCUAAACAUUUAUUUUUUUAAUCUAGUUAUUUCAAUAACAGUCUUCUCUGCAAGUUUAAGACUCGUGUUUUAUGAAUAAAACAGAAUUUAGGAGAAUCUUUUUUAAUUUUUUUGCUGCGAUUUUCUAGAGUCACUUCACUUGACAAACCGUGUAAGCGCCGAUUUUUGAAAUUUCGCCAAUAAAACUGACAUAAAUAUCAAUUACUAAUCAUUUAUUCUCCGUGUCAAAAGACGUUUAAACCUCUUACGAAAAUCAAGCACUUUUCUGUUUGUAUUUUCUAUUUCUUGAGUCAGCAAAAGCAAUUCAGUGUCUUUUUCACCUGUUCUAAUUACCAUCUUAAAGCUAUUCGAGUGGGAAGGGUAACGAUAUAAAUAAGCUGUCAUCCUGUGUCAUCUGAAAUGUCAAACCUAAAGAAAAGAACAAAGCAGAGGAUGACUAUUUGUCAUUUCGGAGAAGCAUCACUCGUAUUCAUCAUGAGGAUUCUUGCCUGUCUGAACGUGAUACUCAGAGUUUCAGCCAUGGCAAAUCAUUUCAACUCCCGGAUGCAGCGAAGUUUUCAACAAUCACCUUGACUACAAACAUCUCCACCAUCUGGCGUUUGUGAAAGCUUUUCGUGAGAUCUGUGUUGAUAAUCUCGAUCUAUAUUGUUCAACACGUUCAUUUAGAUUUGAGCUCAUUCUUAACUUCCCAUCAGAGGAUUCGCAUUAAGGGUGGAUAACAGCUGAAGAAGUUUCACUCACAGAUUCGGGAAAGAGAGAGAGGUUUUAACAAAGAGAGGAACGAGCGAAAAAGGAAUUCUCCUCGCCGACAUGGCUGUAAAGCUAUGGCCGUUUUUGACAAUAGGCCUGAUUAUGGUGACAUUUGAAUCAGCCGCUGGCGCAACUGUGUUUUCCCUUCCCAAAAAAACUCCCGACAAAGACUGCCAGCCCGUCAAACGGGAUUUACUCAGGCAGCGGCUCGGCACCGCUUACAAUGACCGAUACAUGGCUAUGGACUCCACGGAUCUUCAAAACCACUUACCACCACAAAAUCAAUAUCACGUGACCAAACGUAACAUUACCAAAAGAUCCAAUUCACUCACCGUGGAGGAGAUAACCGACCCAGCCCCCUGGACGUGCCAGACGAGUAAAGUUUGGAAAAACUUGGGCCCAAAAUAUUUCCCUCGUCACGUGAGGUCAGUCACGUGUUCAACUGAUAAGUGUUGGUUCGAUCACUUCAGAUGUCGGCCGAAGUAUUACACAAUCAAAGUACUGAAGAAGAAGGAAGGCCAGUGUUUACGGGUGAUCUCCAGCACAGGGACACCAAGAUUCGAGGACUUUUGGGAGUUGCAUGACUAUAGAAUUACUGUGGGCUGCGAGUGUGGACAUUGAUGAUAACGUUCUGUUGUAGAUAAUUAAUAAACUAAUCCUGUUUGUCAAAAGAUAAAUUAUUAAACGUUUUAUCGAACACGAUUCAGUUAAA